CACGGGUCUCUCUUCUUUCAGCUUUUUGCCGUAUGACAUGUGGAGGUCUGUGCGAUGAGGAGAGGCGAGCCGCAGAAAACAUCCCUUGGAAGGCCACAGAUGUCUCCGUCCCGCUCUCGGAGUCCAAAGUCUCCUGCAAGCGCCCGUAGCAGGUCAUCAUCUCCACUGGACACAGAUGGGGCUGUGCCAACCCACCAGCCAGCUGGUCAAAGAUAUCGAGGAGAGAGAGAUCGAGAAAGCGAAACAGAUGGCGGUCCAGGUAUCCGAUACAUAACAGAGCCUCUUCUUAAGAAGCUCGCCAAGCAAGAGACUAUGCCACGCAUAACUGCUCUGAAUCUUUCCCUUGGUAAAGAUGGAGGGAAGAAAUUUAAGUACAUAGAAAAUCUGGAGAAAUGUAGUAAACUGGAAGUCCUAAACCUCAGUCAUAAUCAGAUCGAAAAGAUUGAAAAAUUGGAUAAACUUCUGAAGUUAUUGGACCUCAAUCUCUCUUUCAAUAAAAUAAGUAAAAUAGAAGGCAUUGAACAUUUACACAGUCUUCAGAAGCUGAAUCUGGCUGGGAAUGAGAUCGAACACCUCCCUGUGUGGCUGGGGAAGAAACUCCGGUCCCUUCGCAUCCUAAAUUUAAGAAAAAAUAAAAUCUCAUCACUCCAUGAAGUAGCCAAACUGAAGCCUCUGAAAGAUUUGACUUCUCUGUUCCUGGCAGACAACCCAGUGGCAAACCUGCCUCACUACCGUCUCUAUGCCAUCUUCCACCUGAGGUCAUUGGAGGAUCUUGAGGGCCAACCGGUGACGAAUUGCGACAGGGAAGAAGCCCUUGAAAGAUUUAAUUUAGAAGAGAUAGAACGUCUAGAACAAAACCUGGAACAGAUGACCAAGGAGAUAGAAGGCUUGCAGAGCAAACAGUCUGGUUUGCUGGAGCAGGUCCAGCAACAAGAGGAGCAGAAUAAAUCCUUAAAACAGAAGCAAGAGCAGCAGAAACAGAGCCAUAAGGACCUGGAGACUGAACUGGAAACCAAGAAUGAGUUGCUGAAGCAGAAAACCGUGGAACUCACUCGAGCUUGUCAGAAGCAGUAUGAGUUGGAACAAGAAUUGGCUUUCUAUAAAAUCGACGCCAAGUUCGAGCCGUUGGGCUAUUAUCCAGUGGAGGAUGUUGAAUUUGACAACGUACCAGGUGAAAGUCCUUACAUUGGGAAGGCCAGGUACAAAAGGAACACGUUUGCUAUGGAAGGUUACAUCCCCAGCAAGGCUCAGAGGGUGCAGAUGGGAAGCCUUGAGAAGGAGGAACGUCAAGAAGCCCAGCAGCUUAAACAGAAUCUUCUCCAGUCGCUUGAUGAACAGCUUGAGGAGAAAGAGAGGAAGAUUAAAGAAGCCCAGGAAAAAUUGGCCACGCUGCACAAUGAAGUCGCCCAAGCAGAGCAACAGGUCUUAAAAGUCACCGAGGAGCUUAAACAAGUCCAGCAUGCGGUCUCCCAGAAAAAUGUAUCUGAAGCAGAAAAGGACUGUUUUCGCCAGCAACUGAGCAACAAGAUACACCUCGUUCAUCGGUUACAAGAGGAGGCUCUGGAACUAGAGAGGCAGAUGCAGCAAAAACGGCAAGAAAUGGCGGAAAAGGAAAAGGAGCUAGAAGGCUUGCAAGGUUUCCUAGAUUCUCUGGAUCCUCAAGACCCGAGACACGCUCAUAUGAAGGCCCAGAAAGGAAGCAAAGAGCAGCAACUCGACAUGAUGAGGAGGCAUUAUAAGCAACUGGAAAGCCGCCUGGAUGACGUGCUGUCCAGGAUCGCAAAUGAAACGGAGGAAAUCCGGGAUUUGGAGCAACAGCUCACAGAUGGCCAGAUUGCAGCCAACGAAGCCCUGAAGAAAGACUUGGAAGAAGUCAUCCUAGGGUUACAGGAAUACCUCAAGAACGUUAAGAAUCAGACGAAGCAAGCUAACGAUGAGUGCAAAACGCUGCGGAAAGAGAAGGAAGCUUUGCUGAGAAGACUGGAAGAGGUAGAGGAAGAGAGGAACCAGCUGGAAAUAGUUGCCAUCGAUGCUGAAAACCUGAGAAAAGAAACCGCGAACCUGGAACGGGCCCUCCAGCAGCAACGUGAACUCAACGAGGCUUUGCAGGAAGCCCAAGGAGAGAUCAGCGCUUAUGAGGCUGAGCUGGAAGCUGAGCUGAAGGCUCGAGACACUGAAGCCAGCCAGCAGAAGGAAGAGCUCAAGAAGUUAAAGCAGGUUAUUCAGGUGGAACAGUCUCAGCUUGGCAAGGAGAGGCAGGCCCUAGAGAAUGCCUUGGCCAAAGCACAGUUGUGCGAAGAGAGGGAACAGGAGAAUCAUCAGCUGCUCUCCCAACUCAAACUGCUUCAGAAAGACAACCACCACUUGAGGCAGCAGCUAAAAGACACACAGGAGCAACUGAAUCACACAACCAAUAGCUUAAUUCACCCCGAGGAAGUCUCAGCUCGUGUGAAUGAACUCAAACAAAAGUUGCGGACUGGGACAGAAAUCAGGUGCCAUAACUCGAAGGACAUAUUGGGGAAGAGCCUUGCGGAGCUGCAGAAACAGUUUGCCGAGAUCUUAGCUCGUUCCCAGCAAGAAAACGAAUCGGGCCAGGCCAGGGAGAGAUUGCUCCAGAAAGAGAUGGCUACUCAGCGGGCUGAGCUGGAAGAAGCCCAAGAAAAGUAUAAACUGGCCUGCAACAGAGCUGCAGAAGCCAAAAUUAAAUCCGAGAGGAGGCAGAACGAGGCUCGUGUUCAGCAGCUGGAGGGUGAAAUCCAACAUCUCGUUGAAAAGCUGAAGAGCAUGGAAGAAAUUCAGGGCCUCACCGACCAGCAGCUUCAAGAAGCUGAUGAGGAGAAAGAUCAAAUCCUUGCUGAGUUGGAAGACUUGGAGAAUAAGAAAAAGGAGGAAGACGCGAGGGCACAGCUGCAGUUCCACAGCCUCAGCAAGGAGCUGAAGGCGUUAAAAGAAGCCAUUUCCGCUUCCGAUAAACAGGCCACAGCCCAGCUCUGUGCAGCCAAAGACCAGCUCCAGUCGCUGCAUGGGACCGUAUGCAAAAUUAAUCGGGAACGUUCUGAGGAGCUUCAGGAGGCAGAAAAGUUCUGCCUGCAGGCCACGCAAGCGGCUAAGGAUCUGGCCAGAGCAGAGACGGAAAUAGGCCUCUUGCAGAAGCUUCUCAGAGAAAAGGAGGCGCAGCUGGAAUCGGAAAAAGACGCCGCCGAGACGGCAGCUUGGCACUUCCAAAAGGACGAGUGGGAGAAGUUGGAUGGGCUUCUGAAAUGGCAGAAAGCAGAAACGGACCGACUCCGCCGAGCCUUAGAUCAGGCCAAGAACGGCAACAGGGCUGGAAUGGAAGGCGUCCUGGGGGAAAUCGAAGGACUCCGGCGUACGAUCUCUCAGCAGAAUGAUACCAUCGCUCGCUUCGCGGCUCCACUCCCGCAGGGCCCACAGCUGGUUUUUGUGCCGUCCUCAUCCCAG